AUGGGGUGCUGCUACAGUAUAUGUCACAAAGAUUCGGACCCUCAGGAUAAUGUUCCAAAUGAAAGGACACAUCUAUUGGAGGUACCAGAACAGCAUCACGAGACACCUUCACCGACUACCUGUGCUUCCACCCCUCCCCGUAAACCAGAUGAGCAGAGUGCUCUUAACCGAAUACUUCAUGACACUGCUACUAAUGUAAUCGACGUAGGCGCACUUGGCCCGUAUUCUCUGGAAGCGAACGCGUACAGCGAGCGCGUCCGUGCGUAUACGGCCAGAGCAGCAGCUGCCGUUUUACCUUUACCGAUACCCGCAAAGUUAAUCGCUGAUGUACCACCUGCCGCCUCCAAAGUUAUUCUCAAUGGCCCACCUCCAGAUUUUGCUGAUAAGGAACUGAUUACAAACGCCGUAAAGAAAGCUGCAGCUGCCAUCUCGGAGUUGCGCGUUGAACACCACGAAGACCUGGUAGUCCCCUUCCGGGUGCCAGUCGCGUAG